AUCAUCUGUUGUCCAAAGAAAUUUACACGGUCAUCCCCGUAAUUGCAAAUAUAAAGUAAUACACACAGCAGGAAUCAGUUUCUUGCGGGGGGGGGGCCGGGGGGGACGGGGGCUCAGUCUUUUUUGGGUUCAAACUUGGAGGCCAUUCACAGCCUGUAUUCCCAACUUAGCCAAAGGAUUUAUUUGUUAACUUGGUUUCAUUAGAAAUCACUUCACUGAGUAUGUAUUUUAAAAAAGAAAACUUUGCUUUUGAGAACAGACCUCAGGAACAUUUAAGAACCCUUGGACUAAAAGAAAAUCAAAUGCCCACAACCGUUCUGUAACGGCUUACAGACGCGCUUUUGCAAAACUCAGUCUGCGUAAAAAUUAGGUCAGAAUUCAGGUUGAAAAAAAAAGAAAGGCAUUGGAAGCUCUCGUCGGAGCUAAGUGGACGGCGGACGCCGGGUUAUCUGUUCGGGUAGAUGCAGUCGAUCGAACCCAGGUUAAAUUUUAAAGCCCCUGGAUCCUGCUCCAGUCGCUAGUCUCCUUUCCAGAGUUUUCUGCCGUCAGUCUUUCGGAAUUGCGGCCGCGCUGAAACUGGGAGCCGCCGCAGUGGUCGGGGGAGGUAAAGAGGAAUGUAAUAAAAGUGACUAAAUUGGAUGAGAACGGUUUAUGGACCUUCUCGGUAGCAAUCUGAAAUUCAGAAGUGUUUAGCAGCAAUUUACAACGAAGAAUGUGGGGGAAAAAAAAAAAAAGAAUCGCCGACUUUCUCCAUGCGGUUCCCUCCUCCCUCGGGCUGCCAGGCCCUGUCCCCUUGUACCCUAGGACUCACAGGUUCACAGUUAAAUCUAGAAGAAAUAUAUAUUUAGCCAGGAGGUCUCAUGAUCUCUAGAAACCCUAUUUCACUAAGCCUCUACCUAACCUGGUUCAACUCUGCUAAGGCGCCUCUCCCUUCUCCAGCUAGAAACACACACACAUAUACACAAAGACACACACACACUUCAGGGAGACUGACCUUUAGAAAAUCAUUUACUUCGAUUUACCUUAAAAAAAAUUGUAAAAAUCCAUUCCCAUAAAACAACUCCUCUUGCCCUAGUUAAAACUCUCUCUCUCUCUCGACAGCCUCCUGAGGUCACAUCUGUUGGAAAAAAUCCUUUUUGCGCGUGAAAGGGAGCGAGACAUACAUCACGGCUCCUGCCGAGGACAAACCUGCGGCCCCGCGACGCCCUGCUGACAGAUCGGCGCUGAUAACCCCGCGACGUUCAUUUCCAGCCUCCCUGCCGGCCAAGGACCGUAUCAGUUUGUACACAGUUGUGAUAACCAUUUGGAGGGAGCGAAGAAGGGGUGUGUAUGUGAAGGCGGGGGCGUGGGGAAGAGGUAUUUCUCGCUGGGACCGGGGAAGGUGACCCCCUCCUCUUGCCAACGACUUAUCUGAGACUUACCUGAAGUUCUCCAGGGAAAGUUCAGAGCAAACGGGACACCCAAACUGGGAGAGCACCUCCGGGAGCGACUGGCGUGGAAACCCCUUUCCACUCUGCGCACUUCAGGGACUAACCUUUCCGUGCACCGUGACCCCGAAUUAAAAGUUUCAGAUCCCAGGAGACGAGACCCCCGACGGCCACCAAGACCUCGAGAAGAGAUCGGGAGAGUUUAAACAGCACCGCGCAGACCCCGGAUUCGCGCUCGCCUGCCGGCGCCCUCGGCCUCUCCGCGCUCGGGAGCACCCUCCGCCACGGCUGUUCUCCAUGCGCAGCGCCCACCUGAGUCUCAGGAGCUAAAAGUCAGCUUGCAGCGGCGCCGGACCGUGGAUGGCCUUGACUGACGGCGGCUGGUGCCUGCCGAAGCGCCUUGGGGCCGCGCCUCCUGCGGACGCCAGCGACUCCGGAGCCUUUCCAGCGCGGGAGCCCUCCACGCCGCCUUCCCCCAUCUCCUCCUCUUCCUCCUGCUGCUCUCGGGGUGGGGAGCGCGGCCCCGGCGGCGCCAGCAACUGCAGGACGCCGCUGCUCGACACGGAGGCGGCGGCGGGACCCACGGCCCGCUCGCUGCUGCUCAGUCCCUACGCCUCGCAUCCCUUCGGGGCUCCCCACGGACCUUCGGCGCCGGGGAUCUCGGGCCCCGCGGGCGCCCUGUCGAGCUGGGAGGACCUACUGCUCUUCGCUGACCUCGACCAAGCCGCGACUGCCAGCAAGCUGCUGUGGUCUAGCCGCGGCGCCAAGCUGAGCCCUUUCGCGCCCGAGCAGCCGGAGGAGAUGUACCAGACCCUCGCCGCCCUCUCCAGCCAGGGGCCUGCAGCUUACGACGGCUCGCCCGGCGGCUUCGUGCACUCGGCGGCCGCCGCCGCUGCAGCCGCGGCCGCCGCGAGCUCCCCGGUCUACGUCCCCACCACGCGCGUGAGCUCCAUGCUGCCCGGCCUGCCGUACCUACAAGGGGCGGGCGGCGGGCCCGCCAAUCACGCGGGGGGCGCUGGAGCGCACCCUGGCUGGCCCCAGGCCUCGGCCGAUAGCCCCCCGUAUGGCAGCGGAGGCGGCGCGGCGGCCGGCGGGGCGGCGGGGCCCGGCAGCGCCGGCUCAGCCGCGGCGCACGUCUCGGCGCGCUUCCCCUACUCGCCCAGUCCGCCCAUAGCCAACGGCGCGGCCCGGGACCCCGGGGGCUACGCGGCGGCCGGCGGUGGGGCCGCGGGCGGCGUGAGCGGGGGCGGCAGCGGCCUAGCGGCCAUGGGCGGCCGCGAGCACCAGUAUGGCUCGCUGUCGGCCGCGCGGCCGCUGAACGGGACGUACCACCACCAUCACCACCACCACCCGAGCGCCUACUCGCCCUACGUAGGGGCCCCGCUGACGCCCGCCUGGCCUGCCGGACCCUUCGAGACCCCGGUGCUGCACAGCCUGCAGAGCCGCGCCGGAGCCCCGCUCCCGGUGCCGCGCGGCCCCGGCACAGACCUGCUGGAGGACCUGCCCGAGAGCCGCGAGUGCGUGAACUGCGGCUCCAUCCAGACGCCGCUCUGGCGGCGCGACGGCACCGGCCACUACCUGUGCAACGCCUGCGGUCUCUACAGCAAGAUGAACGGCCUCAGCAGGCCCCUCAUCAAGCCGCAGAAGCGCGUGCCUUCCUCCCGGCGGCUUGGAUUGUCCUGUGCCAACUGUCACACCACGACCACCACUCUGUGGCGCAGAAAUGCCGAGGGCGAGCCUGUGUGCAAUGCUUGUGGACUCUACAUGAAGCUCCAUGGGGUGCCUCGACCGCUUGCUAUGAAAAAAGAGGGAAUUCAAACCAGGAAACGAAAACCUAAGAACAUAAAUAAGUCAAAAGCUUGCUCUGGUAAUAGCAAUAAUUCUGUUCCCAUGACUCCAACUUCCACCUCUUCUAACACAGAUGACUGCAGCAAAAAUGCUUCCCCCACCACACAACCGGCAGCCUCAGGGGCAGGCGGCUCGGUGAUGUCCGGUGCCGGGGACAGCACCAACCCCGAGAACAGCGAGCUGAAGUACUCAGGUCAAGACGGGCUGUACAUCGGCGUCAGCCUGGCCUCGCCGGCCGAAGUCACGUCGUCGGUGAGGCAGGAUUCCUGGUGCGCCCUGGCCCUGGCCUGAGUGGCCGUGGGGACCAGAGGAGGACGCUGCUGGCCCACGGGACCGCCUUCACGGAUCCUCUUGGCAAGCAGUCCGGACUGGGCCGAAGAUGCUGACCAGACAUCUUUCUGAUACAUGAUUUCUGUGCCUUUAUUUGAAAGAGAUGAAUCUCCUGAGAGGCUUGCUCUGCCUUGCCCCUGGGGCCCUGUCUUGAAGACCCAAGGAGAAGAGGGACCGCCUCUGCAGGGAAGGACCGGGGCAGCCCACAGCCUCCCUGGCCACGGUGGCCGCUUCCAGGCAGCUGGUCUCUGGGUCGGCCAGGGGAUUGGAUGUCUAUCAUGCCACGUGCAGAAACCGGAACUACGACCGGGGCCUGGCCUGCCAUGGAAUAUCGAAAGAGAUUUUUAAGCCAAAGUUUUAUGUGUAUUGCCCCAAAUCAUGUGCUUCUUCUGAUCGGUUUUGGUUAUUCCAGAAUUUCUCCGCCCCCUUUCCACAGCCCCCUUCCCUGAUUUCCCUUGCGUUCAUGGAGAAGAUCCUUCGUUUGGUACACACCUCCGGAGGCUGAGUCGGUUCUUGAGGUCUCUUCAAAAACAUCACUCGGUUUGCAGGACUGCAUCGUAACUGUAACAUACACUGUGACUGACGUUUCUCAAAGUUCACAUUGUGCGACUGACCCGAAGUCAGUCCGAAUUUGUAAACAGGGUAGCAAACAAAAAGAUAUUUUUCUUCCAUGUAAACAAUAAUUUUUUUAAAAAGUGCAAUUUGCGUUGCAGCAAUCAGUGUUAAAUCAUUUGCAUAAAAGAUUUAACAACAUUUUUUAUAAUGAAUGUAAACAUUUUAACUUAAUGGUACUUAAAUAAUUUAAAAGAAGAAAAUGUAAACUUAGACAUUCUUAUGCUUCUUUUACAACUACAUCCCAUUUCUAGAUUUCCAGUUUUGAAAAAAAUAUUUCAAGAACAAAUCUUCUCUCAGGUAAAUUGCCUUUAUCCACUUGUUAAGAAUUUUUGUAUAAGAACACCAGUAUCGCCCCUUUAUUUUACUGUGGAAUAUGUGCUGGAAAAAUGGCAACAAAACUUUACUACCUAACAGAUAACAUUUGUAAAUACUUUAGGCAUCUGUACACACCAUGAUGAAGUCAAUGGGAUGUCAUAUGGAAACCUAUUUCACCAGAGUUUUAAAAAUAAAAAGGGUAUUGUUUUGUCUUCUGUACAGUGAA